AUGGAGAACAUCCUAGCUGGUUUGUGUGGGACCAGCCCAGAAGAUCCACUCCCUGUGUGGGUUCAUGGCAGCGUUGGCCACUGCUUUAACCAGCUGACAUUAAACGUGAUUCCUCAUGUGAUCCUUGCAGUGGUCAGUGCCUGCUUCCUCGGCACUCCAAGGUCUGGCUCCAGUGUGCCUCACAGGCCAGGCUGGGGAUGCAGAAUCGCCACCUCCUUCGUCCAUUCGUGGCUCUACCAGGGGUCCUGUGGCCCUGGCUCUCCUCACUCUCUUACCCCUACCUUCCCUCAUCAUCACACUGGUGUGGUACUGCCAAAGUGGGACUGCUUGGGCCCCUGCCCACCCUGCUGCGUGUUGGCCAAUGGCACUGCUGCCCUGACAUGGCUCGUGCACGGCCUUGCUCUUCUCAUGCUCUGCAGGUCCAUUCGUGGCUCUACCAGGGGUCCUGUGGCCCUGGCUCUCCUCACUCUCUUACCCCUACCUUCCCUCAUCAUCACACUGGUGUGGUACUGCCAAAGUGGGACUGCUUGGGCCCCUGCCCACCCUGCUGCCUCCUCCAGGUUCGCCAUUCUCUGUCUGCAGCUGGCCUCUCUGCUUGCCUAUGUGAUCGGCUACCUCUACCCCACUGCUGGCAGGCAAGACUUCCUCUCCAUCAAUCACUCCUGGCAACAAGAACAGCUCAUCUCAGAGCCAGGCAUCUCAGUGCUUGAUCAGCAUGUGGUGGCAGAAGAUGGUGAGAGCUGGCUCUCGUGCUUCUUUUACCUUUGGAUGAACCCUCUUAUGGAGCGUGGCUAUCAGUGGAAGCUGAACCAGGCACAAGAUGUCUAUGUGCUUCCUCGCCAGCUCCAGGCUGCCAGGGUCUGUGAUCGCUUCUACUCUUGCUGGCAGAAGAAGGCCGUGCGACUCCUCUCAGUCCUUCAUGCAGCCUUUGGGUUUCGUUUAUACUCCCUCGGACUUCUCAAGCUGGCUGGCAACCUGCUGGGUUUUUCGGGUCCUCUGCUUCUGAGCUUGCUGGUGAACUUCAUGGAGUCACGGCAGGAGCCCCUGAGCCAUGGGGUGCUCUAUGCCCUUGGGCUCUUUGCUGGCUCCUUCCUGGGUGCUCUCCUGCAGAGCCAGUUCAGUUACCAGGUGAACAAGGUGACGCUGAUGGUGCGGGCUGCCCUCAUCUCUGCCAUCUACCGCAAGGCUCUGCGUGUCAGCAGCGCCAGCCUUACACACUUCACUGUGGGGGAAAUUGUCAACUUCAUGAGCACGGACACCAGUAGGUUGGUCAACUUCUGCUUCGCCUUCCAUGAGGUGUGGAGCCUGCCUUUCCAGUUUGCCAUUACCCUCUACCUCCUCUACCAGCAAGUGGGGGUAGCCUUUCUAGGAGGCUUGGCCCUGGCCCUGCUGCUUGUGCCCAUCAACAAGAUCAUAGCUAACCGCAUAAUGAUGAACAACAAGGAGAUGCUGAAACACAAGGACACACGGGUCAAGCUAAUGACAGAGUUCCUAUGUGGCAUUCGUGUGAUCAAGUUUUACGCCUGGGAGAAGCACUUCAGCACCAGAAUAAAUGCCUGCCGGGCUAAAGAGCUGCAGACGUUACGAACCAUCAAGUACUUGGAUGCUCUCUGUGUGUAUCUGUGGGCAGCACUACCUGUUGUUGUCUCCAUUACCAUCUUCAUCACCUAUGUUCUGUUGGGUCACCAGCUCACUGCCACAAAGGUGUUCACAUCAUUGGCUCUUGUUGGGAUGCUUAUUCUCCCCCUCAACAACUUCCCAUGGCUGUUGAAUGGGAUCCUGGAAUCCAAAGUCUCCUUGGAUCGAAUCCAGCGUUUUCUUGAACUCAUGGACCAGGAUCUGGAAGCUUAUUAUGCCCUGGAUAGCCCUUCAGAUACUGGUACUGCCGUGGCAAUGCAGUGUGCCACCUUCUCGUGGGUGCCAGUUGAGGAGGAAAGCACCAGGCAGCCCUUAUCCACAGGCACCCUGCAACUGCACAUUGAGAACCUGUCAGUGAGAAAGGGGAUGCUCCUGGGGGUUGUUGGGAAGGUCGGCUCUGGCAAAAGCUCUCUGCUUGCAGCCAUCACUGGAGAGCUCAUUAAACAAGGUGGACGAGUGUAUGUUUACGACCUAGAGCAAGGAUUUGGUCUGGCCACCCAGGAGCCUUGGAUACAGUUUACCACUGUCCGUGAAAACAUCCUUUUUGGGCGGGAAUAUCAUGCCCAGCUGUAUGAGGAGGUGGUGGAGGCCUGUGCCCUUUCUGAGGACCUGAAUAUUUUACCAGCAGGUGACCAGACAGAGGUUGGUGAAAAUGGUGUGACACUCAGUGGGGGACAGAAGGCUCGAUUAGCCCUUGCCAGAGCCGUGUACCAGGAGAAAGAGAUUUACCUCCUUGAUGAUCCCCUGGCUGCUGUGGAUGCAGACGUAGCCAAGCAUCUUAUGCAGAAAUGCAUUCUCGGAGUUCUCAAACACAAGACGAGGAUCCUGUGCACCCACAGGACAGAGUGUUUGGAGAAGGCUGAUGCCUUAUUGUUGAUAGACAAUGGCAGGAUAGUUAAGACAGGCACACCAGCUGAUAUCCUGCCACUUGUUGAAGCCUUCCCCAAUGUGUACAUAGAGGGACAGGAGGCCCACACGUCUUUGGCCCCUGAUGAACAGGGCCAAGAGGAGGCCAUAGAGGCAGAGGCAGAAGAACCAACGCAAAACAGUAGUCUUAUCCACAAGGAGGAAGAGAAGAAAGAAGGGGCAGUGGCUUUUCAGGUGUACAAGGCAUAUUGGCUGGCAGUGGGCACCUGCUGGGCAUUAUCCAUCCUCUUCUCGUUGCUCCUGAUGCAAGCAUCCAGAAAUAUCUCAGAUUGGUGGCUGUCACACUGGAUCUCCAGCAUAUCCCAGACAGCAAAUACCUCUGUGAUGGUCUUCUCAGCCUCCCUGCCUUCCCCAGAGCUGCUUCUCUUCUCCACUGUUGGGCUUGUCUCCCCCAUUCGAGCUCUGGACACCACUCCAGUCCCUUCCAAUGGCUCAUUGGAUGUGAAUUUCUACCUGAUAGUUUAUGGGAGCAUUGCAGGAGCCAACUCCCUCUUCACCAUUCUUCGGGCAUUCCUCUUUGCUUAUGGCACUAUCCGCGCUGCCACUGCCAUUCACAACCGACUGCUCCAGAGGGCUCUGAAGGCCACAGUCACUUUCUUUGACACCACACCAACAGGCCGGAUCCUCAACCGCUUCUCCUCAGACCUGUACUGUGUGGAUGACAGCCUGCCAUUUGUCCUCAACAUCUUCCUGGCCAACAUGUAUGGACUCUUGGGCAUGCUGGUGAUAAUCACCUAUGGCCUCCCUUGGAUUGGUGUGGUCUUACUCCCUCUGGCUGUACUCUACUUCUCCAUCCAGCGCUAUUACCGACGCACAUCCCGGGAGCUCAAGCGCCUUUACAGCGUCACCCUGUCUCCCAUUUACACUCACUUCUCAGAGACCCUCUCGGGACUGAGCAGCAUCAGAGCCAUGCGAGCAACACAGAGGUUUGAGUUGGAGAAUCAGCUGCGCCUGGAGCAGAACCAGCGCUGCCUCUUUGCCAGCAACACAGCAAUGCAGUGGCUGGACAUCCGCUUGCAGAUGAUUGGGGUCAUUGUGGUUACUGCUAUUGCAGGAAUUGGCAUCAUCCAGCACCAGAAGCAACUGGGAAAUCCAGGACUUGUGGGCCUGGCACUCUCAUACGCCCUGUCUGUCACAAACCUGCUCUCAGGCCUCAUUUCCAGCUUCACUCACACAGAGACCAUGAUGGUGAGUGUGGAGCGGACAGAAGAAUACACCACAGACAUCCCCAUGGAGCCUCAGGAAAAAAUGGUCCAGGUUGCUGCUGACUGGCCAAGCCAGGGGCUUGUGGAGUUCCAGCAAGUGGUCCUGGCCUACAGAGCAGGCUUGCCUAAUGCACUUGAUGGUGUGAGCUUCACUGUUUAUCCUGGAGAGAAGCUGGGGAUUGUGGGUCGCACAGGAUCUGGAAAAUCCACCCUUUUCUUGGCCCUUUUCCGUAUGUUGGAGCUGAAAUCAGGCCGGAUUCUCCUGGAUGGUGUUGACAGCCAGCUGGUGGGCUUGGAGGAGCUGAGAUCUAGGCUGGCUAUCAUCCCCCAGGAUCCAUUUUUGUUCAGUGGCUCAAUCCGAGAGAACCUGGACCCCCAGGGAAAACGGACAGAUGCUGAGCUCCGUGAGGUGCUAGAGCAGUGCCACCUGUGGGAUGCUGUUACUCAGAUGGGUGGACUUGACAGUGAGCUGGGAGAGCGAGGAAAGAGGCUGUCUGUGGGACAGAGGCAGCUGGUGUGUCUGGCAAGAGCCCUGCUGACACAGGCCAAGGUGCUGUGCAUCGAUGAGGCCACAGCCAGCGUGGAUCAGAAGACAGACCAGCUGCUGCAGCAGACCAUCCGCCAGCGCUUUGCUGACAAAACAGUUUUGACAAUUGCUCACAGGCUGAACACCAUCUUGGACUCAGACCGCAUUCUGGUGAUGCAAGCUGGGAGAGUGGCAGAGCUGGAUUCACCCACCCGCCUAAGCCAGAAAGAUGGUUCCUUGUUCCAGCGCCUCCUGCACAGCAGGCACCAGUGACCUCCCUCCUAGGCUGAGCCCAGGCAGCCCUCCCAGCUCUGUGCCUGGCUUUCCUCUCACCUCAGCUACCAGCCCUGUCCCUGCAGGACCAGGAGCUGCUGAGGUGAGGGAAGUGCUUAUUCCUGCCUGCAGACCACAAUUGUGUGUCCUUGGGGCGGGAGCAUGGCACUGUGACCUUCCCUUCAGGAGGAAAGAUGGGACCUGGUGCUUAGGGCCAUGCAAGCCUAGCUGGUAGG